UCCCUGCAAAGCCCACCACCUCCCCAGCUGACACGGAGCCUAGAGCCCAUGGAGUUAGAGGCAGGUCAUGUAGCAGUCGUUGUGGUGAUCGGUGAAGACAAGGAGGGUACCCGGUAGUGGUGGCAGUGUCCAGGGCUCAGGUGAGGAGGACUGUUUGUUGGUCAUACAUCUUCCAGAGUAGGUGCAGCUCGUGCACUGCUAUCAGAGGGCUGCUCGCUGUGGCCGCUGAUUGGCUGAGGCGCUGACAGCUAAGCGUUCUAUGGAAGGUAGAAGGGCCCGCCCCCCCUCCUCCAGGGCCUUGGGACCAUUCAUAAAACUAGGCAACUCGUGCAAUAGCCCUGAGACAGCGCUUAGCAGGAUCCAGGCGGGCACACUGCAAACUCUUCUUCUUCACCUUAACCAUCCUGUGCCACCCAUCAUCAUCACCAUCUGCGCCAACUUUACCAAGGAUUGGCCCUGCUGUAACACCACCGGGCUACGCCUCCAACAAGAAGAAGAAGAGGAGGAAAGCUCAUCACCACUCCUAUAGACUGACCAUGCGACUUUGAGUGGGCAGCUCUCCUCCUCCAUGAACACUUUGGCCACACUUGUCCUGAGGCCACCAGCCCCUGUGCCCCCGACCAUUGGCAUCACUGAUUAGCACGUAGCAAAGCAUUGGAUCCCUCAACGUACUGCGAUCCUCCGGUGUACAGCCCGGACCUGUGCCCCAACAUGAUCGCUGCCCAGGCCAAGCUGGUCUACCAGCUGAACAAAUACUACACAGAGCGCUGCCAGGCCAGGAAGGCGGCCAUUGCCAAGACCAUCCGGGAGGUGUGUAAAGUGGUGGCCGAUGUGCUGAAGGAGGUAGAGGUGCAGGAGCCCCGAUUCAUCAGUUCCCUGACCGAGAUCGAUGCCCGCUACGAGGGCCUGGAGGUGGUCUCCCCCAACGAGUUCGAAGUGGUGCUCUACCUCAACCAGAUGGGGGUCUUUAACUUCGUAGAUGACGGCUCCCUGCCGGGCUGUGCGGUGCUCAAGCUGAGCGAUGGUCGGAAGAGGAGCAUGUCCCUGUGGGUGGAGUUCAUCACGGCCUCCGGCUACCUCUCGGCCAGGAAGAUCCGCUCCCGCUUCCAGACUUUGGUGGCCCAGGCCGUAGACAAGUGCAGCUACCGGGACGUGGUGAAGAUGAUUGCCGACACUAGCGAAGUCCGCCUGCGGAUCCGGGAGCGCUAUGUGGUGCAGAUCACCCCGGCCUUCAAAUGUACCGGGAUUUGGCCCCGCAGCGCGGCUCAGUGGCCCCUGCCCCACAUCCCCUGGCCUGGCCCCAACAGGGUGGCAGAGGUCAAAGCAGAGGGCUUCAACCUGCUCUCCAAAGAGUGCUACUCCCUGACCGGCAAGCAGAGCUCCGCCGAGAGCGACGCCUGGGUCCUCCAGUUCGCCGAGGCCGAGAACCGGCUGCUGCUGGGGGGCUGCAGGAACAAAUGUCUGUCCGUCCUCAAGACCCUGCGGGACAGACACCUAGAACUGCCCGGACAGCCGCUCAACAACUACCAUAUGAAGACCCUACUUCUCUACGAAUGUGAGAAGCACCCCCGAGAGACCGACUGGGACGAGGCAUGCCUAGGGGACCGACUCAAUGGCAUUCUCCUCCAACUCAUCUCCUGCCUGCAGUGCCGCAGGUGUCCGCACUACUUCUUACCCAACCUGGACCUGUUCCAGGGCAAACCUCACUCUGCCCUAGAGAGUGCGGCCAAGCAGACCUGGAGACUAGCCCGAGAGAUCCUCACCAACCCCAAGAGCUUGGAUAAACUAUGAGACGGGCAGUGACAUGGAAGACUACAUUCCACUGGAUUCCAGUGCAGGCCAAAAGACAUUGCAUGGGAAAGUUUACAUGUGCCAUGUCAGUCCCAGGACUGCAGCAAUGUUAGGGCCGACCCAUACUUAUUUUCAUAACUUUUAAUGCAAACACAUAGCACACAAAGGAAAACUUUAAUGCACUUGCAGAUCACAAGGGUUGGGGGAAGAACUCUAGCAAUACUUUUUACCGACUGACUCCAAAUGUGUGACACAGGGGUGUGUGAUAUGGUGCAUGGCAGGACUUUCAUAGCCCCUCUGUCCCAAAACCAGUCCCAUUUUAUUUAUACUCCACCUGAAACGCAGACACUUUCCCCUCAAGCGGUUAUUAAAAACUUUCCAUUCGCCGAUCACAACUUUAUUUUUGUUG